AUGUCCAACCAGACUCCAACAAUAGACCGUCUUCUCAAUCUCGUCCCCGACGCGCCAGAAUCAGUAUUGGUCCAGCUUCGAGCACAUCCAGAGCUCGCAUCAAAACAAGAUGCCCACGGAUACUCGCUUCUCCACGCCGCCACAUCCUACGACCACAUUGAUCUAUUGCGCGCAUUGAUCCAAGAAUUUCACGUCGACCCCAAUCUCACGGAUGAAGACGGCGAAACUUGUCUAUUCAAUGCGGAGAGCGUCGACUUCGCCAAAGAGCUCCUGGCUCUCGGCGUGCGGACCGAUGUCACAAAUUCCGAUGGUCAGACGGCCGCGGAGAAACUGGACGAUGAGGACGAGCAGCCUGAAGUAGCGGCAUACCUUCGGCAGAGUGCAACAGAAACGUCCGGCCCAUCGACGCACCCUUCAGACACAAAUGGCUCCAUUACGCAGGACGAAGCGGACCCCAUUCGUCCCCCUCCACCUCUUCCAAAUGGUGUUCAGGUCACCGUGGGCACCAUGCAUGCCGAUGAGGUCGGAGGUGAACCCGACCCGGAAUUCCGGAGACGCAUUGAAGAACUCGCUGCCAGGCAGGAUUUCGAAGGGACGGAGAGUCAGAGCGAGCUUCGGAACCUCGUGACGGAUGCUGUCUCGGGACUUCACGGAACUGGACAAGGCUCGGCCACUCGACGACGCUUGGAGUGA